AUGUUCUCGGUGAAAUCAGACGUAUUUAGCUUUGGCGUAUUGUUGCUCGAGAUUGUGAGUGGCAAAAGAAACAGAGGAUUUUCUCAUAGAGAUCACCACCACAACCUUCUUGGACAUGCAUGGAUGCUUUAUAAAGAAGGAAGGUCUUUGGAAUUCGUCGGUGAUUACCUUGGUGUCUCAGGUUAUUUAUCAGAAGUGCUGCGAUCAAUCCAUGUGGGACUGUUGUGCGUUCAACAAUGUCCAGAAGACAGGCCAAGCAUGUCUUGGGUAGUGUUUAUGCUUGGGAAUGAAGUUGUGUUGCCUCAAGCUAAACAACCUGGUUUUUUUACAGAAAGAGAUUUGUUCAUUGCUGAAAGUUCAAGUGGCACAAACGCACCAGGCUCGAUAAACCAAAUGACCAUGACAUUGAUGGAAGCACGAUAA